AUGGAGGAAGCAGAAUCCUCCAAAUCUGACAAAACGUCGGAGAAAAGCAUUGUGUAUACCAUCGAUUCUAGUAACUUGUACAUAGAUGACCCAAAAAAGGAUAUCAAAACUUAUGAUGUGACGUCCAUAUCCUCUAUAAAGAAGCCUGUCAAAGAAAAGGAAGACAGUUUCUGGAAAUGCUACAAACGCAUGUACGCAUUCGCAGAUUCGACAGAUUGUAAGUUAAUGGCAGUCGGGUUAAUAGCCUCUAUCAUACAAGCUGUUGUACCACCCUUCGUGUGGCUUAUUAUGGGCAACUUCGUGACGCUCUCCAUUUCACGUGAGGAAAUUCGGAUAAGUAACUCUACUUCUUCCGUUUACCAAAACGUCACAGACUUCGAUGAUGAUCGUAACAUCGACAGCAAGUUCGAGUCCAGCGCUACGCCAGCGUUUAUGGCGAUGUUAGCUUUGAGCUUAACCAUGUUCUUUGCUGCCUUCGUACAGCGUCUGGCAUGGGAAGUAUCAGGCAUUCGUCAAGUGUUUCGAAUAAAACGAGCCUAUGUUCGUAAAUUGCUUCAUAUGGAUGUUGCCUGGUUAGAGUCAAGGCAGUCGGGACAUGUGGCUUCUAUGAUUCACGAACAUGCCGAUUCCGUUUACAAUGCCAUCGCUGAUCAUAUGCCUAUGAUUCUCUUCAUAUCGAUUUACCUCAUAGUUAAUAUAUUUGUUUGUAUGUACAUACAAUGGGAUGUUAUGCUGCUGAUGUGCACUGCUAUCCCAUUACUCAUUUCUAGUCGCAUCCUAUUCAGUCGGUGGUUUGCUAAGACAUUAGACGAAGAGAACAAACUACAAUGCAAAAUAACAAAUCUCGUCCAUGAAACCUUCAGUUGCAUUCGAACGGUCAUUGCGUUCGCUGCUCAAAGGCAGACCAUCGUCAAGUUUGAACGAUUAUCACAUGAACACAAUCAGUUAACAGAACAACGUUUACGAUCUUCCACGGUUUAUGAUAGUUUAACUCAGGUUUUACUCACGGAACUCGUGUUUACGGCGGCGUUGUCUUAUGGAAUCUGGAGAGUUGGAGACAAAGAGCCUGGUGCUCUAUGUGCCGUGGCUAUCAACAUGUUGUAUAUGUGUGUCACCUCGAUUUCCAUUGGUUUUCACAUGAAUGGCGCCGGUGUCGCCAGAGGAAAUGCCAAAGAGAUGGGCAAAAUCUUCAAGGAAGCUUCCGUGGUAGAACCAGAUCGAUGCUACUUUGCCGUUGUUAAUCCAUUUCUGCCGAUUCCAACACCUAAGUAUCGUCGGCAAUCAAUGAAGUUCAUGGGCAAGGGGGCAAUCGAAUUCCGCAAUAUUGGCUUCUGUUAUCCAACAAGACCGGAUGUUCAAGUUUUAAGAAAUUUUUCACUUUCAAUUGAUGCUGGUGAGAGAGUUUCUAUAGUUGGUCCAAGUGGAUCAGGAAAAAGUACUCUGACUGCCCUACUUCUUAGAUUCUAUGAUCCACAGAAAGGAAAUGUUUAUUUAGAUGGUGAUAACAUUCGAAAUAUAUGUCCUGAUGAUUUGCGUGCUCAACUAUCUUUGGUUAGUCAAGAACCGGUACUAUUUGAUGGAACUAUUAGUGAUAAUAUUCGUUAUGGAAGACUUGACGCUACACAGCAAGAAAUUAAUGCUGCUGCUAGAAAAGUUGGUGCGUGGGAAUUCAUAAGUGCCUUACCAAUGGGAAUGCAAACGAGGGUUGGAGAUCGAGGUAUCCAACUUUCUGGAGGUCAAAAACAACGUGUUGCUAUUGCGCGUGCUGUUAUACGCAAACCUACUGUACUGAUUUUUGAUGAGGCAACUUCUGCUCUUGACAACAAACACGAAGAAGAGGUGUGCCAAGCAAUUGACUUGGCUUCCGAGGGAUUGACUACCAUAUCCAUAGCUCAUAGGUUGUCAACUGCAAAAACAUCAGAUCGUGUAAUAGUUAUUGAUGAUGGCAUGAUUGUGGAAGAUGGGCCACCUGAUGAGUUGUUAGCGAGGGAAGGUGGACGUUUCAGAAAAAUGUAUAUGGAUCAAAGCUUAGAUCAGCUGGCUCGAAACCCCAUUCAAAAGCCAACAUUGAUGGCAACUAUGUCUGUCGGUUCGGCCGAUACUAUUCUCGACCCCGAAUCUCAUAGAAGAGCAUGGGCACGAAGGUCAUUAGGCCAUAACAAUAAAUUAGGAAAAUCCUAUUCUAUCAAAAGCCAAGAUGGAGAGAAACUCGCUUUGCCAGUUAUGAGUAAGAAACGCUCCGCAAGACUUGAUUACAAAUACUCAAAUGUUGGUCAAAUGGAUGUUGAUGUCAGUAGCACACCUACUAUUGACGAAGACGAAGAUUUCCUUAAACUUCCGGGGCAUAAGAACAACUAUCAUGCUGUAUGGAGUUUGAUCAAAGGUUUUAAGGAAGGACAAUCAUAUUUGAUCGGCGCUAUCCCUACCACUAUAGUGAGAGCUUUCUUCUAUUUGUUGAUAUGCUUCCAAGUUGCAUCUGUUCUGGAGUUGUCGAUAGUUCCUGUAGAGGACAGACCUCAAGAGAUAUUCAUGGUUUCUGCUGUUUAUACAGCAUUGAUCAUUAUCAAGACGAUAUUUGAAGCUAUGGGGCGUCUUUUUAUUGCUUUAUACGGGCACGGUAUAUGCAGUUACAUGAGAACCGAAAUGUUCUCCAAGAUCAUGAGGCACGGAACUGCCUACUUCGAUGAAGAGAGAAAUAAUCCAGGAAGACUUGUACAUAAGAUUAUCAGUGAUUCCGAAACUCUCAACAAGAUAAUGGAGCAGAAGCUGGAUCUGCUCAUACCGGCCUUCAUCUGUAGUAUCUUUUCAAUCAUUGUUGCUUUAUAUAUAAAUUGGAAAAUGGCUCUUCUUUGCUCUUUCCAAUUCCCAGCAUACUUUAUCAUCAGAGUUCUUCAAAUCAAAGAAGGUUCUAAACGUCAAAGACAAAUGAUGGAAGAAGAGAAGAAAGCUGCUAGCUUAAUCACAAUAGUUCUUUCAAACAUGUCCACCAUCAAAGCUUAUAAUCUACAGGAACACUUCUAUUCUGUUUUCACAGAUGCCUUAAAACCUCUAUCGAAAGCCAUGAAACGACAAUCCGUCAUUUCCGCCUUUGUAUUCGCCUGUCAAUACUCUUUCACUUACAUCUUGAUAGCCAUAACUCUCCACUUCGGUAAAAUAAUGAUGAUAUCUAAUGAAAUUUCAGUUUUUGAUUACAUGAGGGUUGUCCUUCUCACUCAAUUCGGUGCAAACUUCUUUUCACAGCUUAUAGCUUCCGUAACAGACUUCUCUAAGGCACGGGUAGCCGCCGAAAGUGUGAUGGGUAUCAUAAAGGAAGCUCCUGUCGAUAUGGAUAACUUGAGCGAAGAAGGCUUAAGACCAAAGUUACAAGGAACCCUUCAAUUGCACAAUGUUCACUUCCGUUAUCCAUCAAGACCGGUUGUACCUAUUCUGAAGGGAGUGGAUAUAAGAGUAGAUGCAGGAGCUUCUAUCGCGUUGGUUGGUCCAUCUGGUUCAGGCAAGAGUUCCAUAAUAGGAUUGUUCCAACGAAUGUAUAGUCCAACUGAUGGGUGUGUGACAAUUGACAGACAUGAUGUAAGAUCAAUUAAUCCUUCCUAUUUGCGAAGGUUCGUAGUCUCUGUUGGACAAGAACCAACGUUGUUCUCCUUUACGAUCAAGGAGAACAUCGCGUAUGGCUUACUGGAGUCUGAGUCUACCUUAGACAAAGUCAUUGCAGCAGCUAAGAUUGCUAAUAUUCACGAUUUCAUAUCCACUUUGCCUCAAGGCUACAAUACGGAAGUCGGCGAGUUCGGAGCGCAGUUAUCUGGUGGACAAAAACAGAGGAUAGCUAUAGCUCGGGCCAUUAUCAGAAAACCUGCAGUUCUAUUGCUGGACGAGGCAACUGCAGCCUUAGAUAGUGGAAGUGAAAAGGCAGUGAAAGAAGCUUUCCAGAACGCCAAGGAGACUUGUACCUGUGUUCAUAUUGCUCAUCGUCUUUCAUCUAUACGUAAUGUUGAUAGAAUUUAUGUUAUUGUUGAUGGCAGAGUUGCCGAAGAAGGAAAUCACGAUGAACUGAUAGCCUUAAAGAGCCUGUACUACGAGAUGACACAGGCCUCUCUGUAA